GAUAUAACAACCUCAUCACCAAACCCAUCGUUUGGCCAACUUAUUUGAUAUGGUUCAACUACAGCUACCGAACGCUAGCUCAGAGUCGUUGCCUCAAGACACCAACUUGAGGCAGUUUCUGCAACGGCAAGCAAACGUCGAGUUGGACGAAGUUCAAACGAAGUCUAUCAGCGAGUGGAUAAAGCUUGGACAUGAAUAUUUGCGCGAUUUUGAUGAAGCGAUUCUCAGAGACGAUUCAGACGCCGCGUACAUUAAGUUUCUUAUAGCUUCCAGAAUUUCCUAUAACAUUAUACCCGUACACCCCAAUCACCCACACAUGGCUGUGUCUGAGCAAAGUGCAGAUGAUUUACUCAGAAAAAAAAUUUUGGAUAAUUUCGCUGGGUUUAUGAGGUCCACUGUACCUGUCGUGAUAGCUCGUGAAACCGCCAUUUUACAAGGUGGUUCACCGACCUUGAAGUCCACUGAUAGGAUAACGCCACCAGCCUCUCCUGUACUAUCUACAGUGAUCGGCUUAGACAACGAUCACCGCUCAUUUUUAUCAACCGACAGCAUUUCACACUUCCAUAACACCAACCAAGAUAAUAUGUCUGUGCACUCAGAGUCGACUACAGGGCAUGUUUCCACAAGCAGUGCUAUGACCUAUGAUACGGCUUCCAUGGGUGGACAAGAACAAAUGUUGCACCCUAUAAACAGCUCCUUAUCAUUGUCUGAACCCCUUAUGUCCAAUGACGAUAUUAUAUUGACUGAUGCAUAUAAUAUGCUUGGUUCUUCGGUGGCAAGGGAGCAUACACAACAAACAAACACGUAUGAUGGCCCUAGCCGUGCAUCUACUAUCACGGGUCGAGCUCAUAACGGAUCAAUUCGGUCAAGUUACGCAGCAUCAAAAACAAUGACCGAGAUGGUGGAUGAAAUCAACAACCAACUUGAACAACAGAAUUUAAAGAAAUUCAAUAGAAUGACAAGUCGGCGUAGGUAUGCUCGAGACUCGGAUAUUAGUAGCGAUGAGGACGAGGACGACAUUCCCCAGCCUAGCAACUAUUCCAACUCUCAACCAUCACCGUUACCUAGUCCUCAUGUAACAUCCUACCCGACCGUUGGUUUUCAUAAUGGAUAUGCGCCCCCCGAUGAGCCUACCCCUUCCCGAAGCGCUCACAAUUCUAUCUCACGCUCAUCGCAGUAUAAUGGAAUUCACCAUGAACAGUCUCCUGAGGGAUCUCCGAUGAGUCCCUCAUCUGACAUCUUUCCAUUAGAUAUUCCUCCUCAAAUGCUGCUGCAGAGAACGAAUGACGAAACGCAUGCCCCAGAGAUGCGUGAGAUCCAAGGCUCGCAGACUGAUGUUAACCGUCCGUACGUUGCAAGAUCAGACUCGGUGGUUACCCAUGUACUAGAACCUGUAGAAUCCAUUACGCUGAGCUUACAGGACGCAAGCAAUGUUUUCUACAAGCCCGAUGAGCUUGAUAGUCCUGUAAAUGACAUGAGAGAACAAACAACGAUGCAGAAGCCUGAGGUACCUGACACUAGGGUGUCGGACACUCAGGUACCAACGUCUCCAUCCAUAGCAUCGUCAACCUCGUCAAAAGGAACUAUUAUAAGUUCUGUAUCGCAUGCAUCCACUUCGGCUGGAACCCUUGCCAAAGCUAGCAAGUCGUUUUUUGGCGGCUUCAAAGGCGGUAAAAAGACCAUCAAAGUCGACGGCAGCACAAAUAAAGUGGUUACAUCUACUGUACCGCAACCUCCUAGGCGAAAGGAAUCGAAAACACAGCAAUCUUACACAUCACAUACAUCUCACUACACUCCGUUCGGAUCUCUUGUUGGCAAGAAGGGUGAUGUGUCAAGAAGUGCAAAUCAUGGCUCUCGCACGCAUCUGCCAACCGAACCACCACCACCACCUAAGCCUGUCGUUGUUGAAACGCGAAAUUCCAUUUCAGACGAUGAUAACAUCUCGGAUUCAGAAGUACCACCCAAUCUUAUGGGUGCCUCUGUACCUGAUCAUCUUGACUCAUUUGGAGACCACCGAUCAAGUGUUGCAUCCGGCAGUCUGCAUGAUCAUCGAUCGAGUAUUGCAUCAAACAGCUCACAGGAACACAGAUAUAGUAUGGCCUCCAGCAACAAUACGCAAGACCAUAGACCAAGCAUUGUAUCAAACAACUCACAAGAGCACAGAACCAGCGUUGCCUCCAACAACAACUUCCUAGACCACAGAACAAGCAUUGCUUCCAAACCGCUUCCAAUACCCCACCCAGACCAUACGUUUCGCAAUACAAAUAGUGUUCGUUCCCCCUCCAAUACGGGUGGCGAAGGCAUCUAUUCUACAUCGCCGGCAUCAAUAUUAAACUCUUCCAAGGCAGCUCCUAGUCCAAGGCAACCGCCUGUGUCACAUGAACCGGAUAGAAGCGCUCAGAUGCCCAAAGUUGGACCCACUAUAGAGCGAUUACGUCGAUACGCGCAAAGUAACAUGGACUUUGUGAAAUACAUGUCAUUUCAAGAUCUGAUUUCAUUUGCCACCGACUUGUUUGUGAAUAUGCGGAAAUUACAACUUGAGGGGGAAUACGAGGACGCAUAUAUCCAUGGAAUGCAGGCUAUGAUUGUUGCCACUUAUGUCCUCCCAAGGCAUGUUGAGUGUCAUUCGGGAAGUGGCAUGGCGUACUAUCGCUACAUUGAGCUAGCUGAGAUGAUCAAAUUUCGUUACAAGGACAUGCUGGCUAAUAUUCAAAACAUCAUCGAAAACAAUGAGCUACUUCGGUGAUGAUCAAAGUAUACAUUUUGAUUGAGUUAUGCUGGUCAUCAAGCUCAAACACAGGGACUCGUAGAUUUCUUUUUAUAAUUUCUCAUCUGAAUUACAACUAUGGCUGCUAUACAAAAGCAAUAUGUUAACAGGGGGCCUCCGUCUAUUAUAGAACAUGAAAUUGUCACCACAUUCGUUCGCCUUACCCUAUGCUACAAAAAUCUUUAAAAUAUAUGUAUAAUCAUAAUAAACUGCAUUGCUUUAUCACUAG